GAGAGUUUGAGAUAGAGAGAGAGAGAAUAUUGAGAGAUAUGGACUCCAACACUAAUGUUGUAGUUUUGAUGAGGGUGUUGUUGUCUUUAGCUUUUAUUGUCGUUGUGGGCUUGUUAGUUCAUGUCUACAACAGCGUUUGGCUAAAAUCUGAAAGGGUGAGGAGGAAGCUCCGAAUGCAAGGCAUCAAAGGCCCUCCGCCGUCGUUUUUUUACGGAAAUCUACCGGAGAUGCAGAAGAUCAUCCAAUUGCACGCCAUCAAAGCCGCCGCUCCGAACCAUGACUCCGAAUUCGUCGCACACGAUUACACCUCCACUCUCUUCCCAUACUUGGAGCAAUGGAGAAAAGAGUACGGUUUAUUGUACACAUAUUCAACUGGGAUGAGGCAACACUUGUACAUCAACCAAGCAGAGUUAGUAAAGGAAAUGAACCAAAGUAUGACGUUGGAUUUGGGCAAGCCUUCUUAUGUGACCAAGAGACUUGCACCAAUGCUUGGCAACGGCAUUUUGAGAUCAAAUGGCCUUUUAUGGGCACAACAACGAAAGAUUGUUGCUCCCGAGUUCUUCAUGGACAAAGUCAAGGGUAUGGUGGGGCUAAUACUGGAGUCAGUACAGCCAAUGCUUAGGAAAUGGGAAGAGUGCAUUGAAGCUCAAGGUGGGAUGACGGCAGAGAUUAAAGUGGAUGAGGACCUGAGGGGUGUCUCUGCCGAUGUCAUCUCAAGGGUCUGCUUUGGGAGCUCUUAUGCCAAAGGCAAAGAGGUUUUCUCAAAGCUUAGAAGCCUCCAAAAGACCAUUUCUCAUCAAGCCUUUCUUUUCGGAGUUACCAAUCUUAGAAUUUUUGGAACAAAAAAGCAAAACGAGAUGGGGUGCUUAGAAAAGGAAAUAGACUUGUUGAUUUGGAAGGCCAUAGAAGAACGUGAUAACCAAUUACAAGAAAGCACAGAGAAAAAGGACUUGUUACAGUUGAUAUUGGAGGCUGCUAGCGGCGACAAUAGUCUAGACACCGAUUCAUGUAGGCGUUUCAUUGUUGAUAACUGCAAGAGCAUAUAUUUUGCCGGACAUGAAUCCACCGCCGUCGCCACUUCUUGGUGUUUGAUGCUCCUCGCCUCACAUCCCGAGUGGCAAGCUCGCAUACGAUCGGAGUUCUCUCAAGUUUGCCCCAAUGGCAUCCCGGAUGCUAAUUCGCUGCCUCACUUGAAAAUAGUGACAACGGUGAUUCAAGAAGCCCUGCGUCUCUACCCACCGGCAGCAUUUGUGUCAAGGGAGGCACUAGAAGAGACCCAAGUGGGCAACAUCACUGUCCCCAAAGGGGUAUGCCUAUGGACUCUAAUCCCAACACUGCACAGAGACCCCGACGUUUGGGGCCCAGACGCCAACGAGUUCAGGCCCGAGAGGUUCGCCGACGGCGUGGCCCAAGCCUGCAAAUCUCCACAGGCCUACAUCCCUUUUGGGCUGGGCCCUCGCUUGUGUUUGGGUAAAAACUUCGCAAUGGCAGAGUUGAAGCUUAUCAUUUCACUAAUCAUCUCAAAAUUUGAUUUCUCCUUAUCUCCCAACUAUAGCCAUUCUCCUGCCUAUAGAAUGAUCGUAGAGCCUGGAAAUGGCGUACAAAUCCUCAUAACAAAGAUCUCACCAAGUUUGAAUAGCUAGAGUACUGCUUUGAUAAGUUAAUUACUCGAAUGUAAUACGUGAUUAAGCUUGGGGUUUUUUCGUUUAUGGUGUUGUUGGUUAAGUUAUUGGUGUUGGGGUCUCUUGAUCAUUUGGGUGAUUAUUAUAGUGAUGAGUACUUGUUCUCAUAAAAUAUGUGAAUGUAUCGACUUUUACACAGAAAAGCUAGUAGUUUGGAACGAUAGGUCGAACGGUCUUAUGGUUGUAAAACUUUUCUUUUGGCCACGACACUUUUAAA